AUGUUUGAAUGGAAUCUCAAUUUAUUGAUAACAUUUUUUUGGCUUUCAUUAUCAGCUAUAAUACUUUUAUCCGGUAUAUGGUUAUUAAUUGAUUGUCAAAUGGAUUUAUCAAUAAUAAAUAUUAUUCUCCAACGUUUAUAUCUUCAUAAUAAAUUAAAAAAUCAAGGUAGUAUACCAAAAUCAUAUUAUAUACAUUUUUAUAUAAUUGGUUGUAUAAUAAAUUUUAUAUUAUUCCUAUAUCAUUUAUCAUAUUUUCUACUUUUUAUUUUAUUUAUUCUUCAUAUAAUACGUCGUUUAUAUGAAUGUAUAUAUAUAAAUAAAUAUAAAUCAAAAAUAAAUUUUUUAUAUUAUUUUUAUGGAUUAAUACAUUAUCCAUGUGUUGGUUUAACAAUAAUUAUUGAUUAUAAAUAUUCAUAUACAAAUAUAAAUAUUCAAAAAUAUUUUUUUGCUUUAAUAAUUUUUUUUUAUGCAAGUUAUAUACAAUAUAAUAUACAUUUAACAUUUAUCAAAAUAAAACGUUUACAAAAUGAUUUAUAUCCUAUUCCAUACGGUUAUUGGAUAUUUAAUUAUUUUUCAUGUCCAAAUUAUAUAACAGAAAUUUUUAUUUAUUAUUCAUUUUUCAUAGCAAGUCAUCGAACAUCAGCUAUGGCAUCUUUAUUUAUAUGGAUAUUAGUUAAUCAAUCUUUAUCAGCUUUAUUAAAUCAUCAAUGGUAUUAUCGACAUUAUAAAAAAUUAUAUCCAUCGAAUAGAUAUGCAUUGAUUCCAUUUAUUCUUUAA